AUGAUACCAGUGAAUAGGGGCGUCUUCCACAAGUCCUUCUCUUCUCCAGAUGCCGAUGUGAUACUCGGUGCCAAAGAUCAUACCCUGUUCCGCAUCCACUCAUGGACGCUGAAGACGACAUCGGGCUGGUUUCGAUCCCUCUUUUCCAUGCCUCAACAAAGCCUUCUUCCAAAUCACCCUGAGACCAUCAAUCUAGAUGAGGACUCACACACGCUAGAGAGUCUGCUACUUAUGAUCUGCGGUCUGCCGAUCAAUCCACUCGCAUCAUAUGACGAGGUCGAUGCAUUAUUAUUCGCUGCGGAAAAAUACGAAAUGCCAGGGCCUGUCUCGCUCAUACGCGUGUUUAUCAUGACGCCCCCGCUCUUGGACCAACCUCUCCGUCUUUAUGCAGCUGCAACACGCUGUGGAUGGGAAGAGGAGGCCAAACGUGCAUCCACGCAGUCGCUCGCUCUUAACAUCUACGCACCAGAACAUCAACCCAUCCUCCGAAAACUGCGCACAGGCGCCGUGCUUGACCUGGUAAACUUGCAUCGCGAUCGACGCGAGGGCAUUCGGAAACGACUGGAUGAGCAGCCGUUCGUGACGGGAAGCUCGAUGGCAUCUUGCCCGCGGUGCAGAUGGAGAAUUGAUCAUCAUGCGUGGAGAGAGCUCAAGUAUAAAGUGGUGAUGGAGAUGGACGUACGGCCACUAGGAGAUACGGUCGUUGAUGUGGGAUUGAUUGAAUGGUCUGAGGCGAUCGCAUGUUGGGAUGCCAAGUGCCCUAACAGCGAGUGCACGUGUGUGUUGUACGACAAGGUCGAGACUUUGCGUUUGAUUCGGGACUGUAUUGACAGCCUUCCUAAAACAACAUGA